AUGGCUUCUUCUGCUCCUUCAUUUAGACGACUUGUCCGCUUCGUCCCUCGCUCCGACCCGUCCAAGGUUCUCAUCGGCCAACCUCAAGAUGACAACCUGGACGUCGGAGUUGCUUUGAGAAAGGGCCAAGAUGUCCCUGUCAACGUCUUCUCUGGGUCUUCGGUGCUCUCGCCGGGCCAGGAGACGGGCAAGAGCGCCAUUAUCGACCGUGUUCUGUCGCCGCUGAGCGUGUCUGAAGUCGGCACGAUUCGAUGCAUUGGUUUGAAUGUGAGUGAUGCCACGCCUACAGCAGGAAUGAACCGGACUUCAGUGUUUCGCGACUGGACUCCAGAAUCGCCUCAGUUCUUCUCGCAUCCCGCCCUUUUCUUGGGCGCUCCUCGACUGAUGUGA